CCUACAGUUAUUUAUCUGUAGGGCUCACGCAGAGGCAGCCUGGCCUCCUACGAGAGAGGGAGAGAGACGCACUCAGGCAUUUGGAGAGAGUUUUUAAGCUUCAAAGUGUCUCUCGUCCGCCGCUGCUUCACUCCCCCACAGGAGGUUGCAGACGGAGGCUCUCCACUUCUGAGUUGUGAUUUGCAUGCCUCUUCCACUUCCUGCUACAGAGCCAGUUCUGCAGCUUACCUGGGAGAGGAAGAGAGGCUGUCGUAAAAGGAGGAAAAAAACGGCCGAGGAGGGAGACCCGGGCGCUCGCAGAGCGAAAGAGCGCGUAGGAGACUCUCCAGCCCUUUCCCCUUCGCUGGCCAGCUGAGUGAGCCUCCUCAGCCACAAGUUUGCUGGAAGAUUCUGGCCUUGCAGCUGACUCUCAUUUCUGGUGUGACCACAGAGCCUGGAAAUGGCCUCCGUGUCAGGCACUUUUGUGAGUCGAAGCAUACCAGUGGAAGUCGAUGAAUCCAUGUCGUGGUCCCCAUUUCCUGAAGGUGUCUUGGAAGAGGCUUCACAGCCUACUGGAGAGGAUGUGGAGGAUGAGGAGCCCCAGAGACAAUGUGCUGCUCAAACACCUGUGGCUGAUCCGUCGUGCCCCUGCAGAGCCCCAGCACAUCACCAGCUGCCCACGGAGCCAGACAGCAGGCUGUGGUCAAAAUACGCCGAUCCUGAUGGAGACGGGCGCUUCUGUUCCUCUGGUGAAUCAAUAGCUGGAGUAUUUCACCCCAAGAUGCAUCUUUUAGCUAUGGACAAACCAGGCGUGCAGCCAAGACCACAGCUUUCAGCUGACACUGGGCACAAUUCCAGUAAGUCGGAGCAGAGCUUGUCUGAUGCUCCCGAGCACUCACCGGAGGAGAGCAACAAAGGGAGUUCACAGUCACAGCAGCCCUCGGGAAGCAGACCCCCAGCCGAGCUGGCGACCGUGGACACGGGGUACAACUCCCAGUCGCGAGACGUGAUGGGCAUCAGGCACCUGGAGCCCCCCUUACCACUCGUGUCCGUGCUGAACCCCCAGGACCUCCCAGGACCGCUGAUCUCCAGGGAGUUUUUUGGACCUGAGCACCAGCAGUACCCCGUGUGCCAGCACUUGCCCCAUCCCAAUGCCUCCCCGCAAGCCCACGGCUGCUUUGGGCACCGCUGCCCGGCAGAGCAGCACCUGCAGAGCCCAUAUGGUCGAGCUCCUUACCAGCAUUUUGCACAUACAUCGCAGCCGCUUCCUCCUGUCCCUGGACCUUGCGUGAGGGUUAUCCGCCCGGCCCAGCAGGGCAUCCCAAACUGCCCAAACCUUCGUGCUCCCCAGGGCGCUGCAGACCGACCACCCCAGAGGCUGUGCUCCUCCCCUGGGCCUCCUCGGUUCCCAAACCAGAUCUACAACCAGCUACCUCAUGGUCAGCUACCCCCCAAGGCAUGUGGCCCGGAUGAAGCAUGCUGUUGUCCUUCUGACAAUUUUCCAUCUCCAGCUGCUGUCCCAAGACCUCUGAGUAACCCUGCAGCCAAGGGAACUCUGAGAACCAGCAAUUUGCCGGAGGAGUUGCGCAAGGUCUUUAUAACCUAUUCCGUGGACACAGCGGUGGAGGUCAUGAAAUUUGUGAACUUCCUGCUUGUAAAUGGAUUUCAAACUGCUAUUGAUAUAUUCGAGGACACGGUGCGAGGUAUUGACAUCAUAAAGUGGAUGGAACGCUACCUAGGUGAUAAGACGGUGAUGAUAAUCAUAGCAAUCAGUCCAAAAUACAAACAGGAUGUGGAAGGGGCUGAAUCCCAGCUGGACAGGGAUGAACACGGCUUACAUACUAAAUACAUCCACAGGAUGAUGCAGAUCGAGUUUAUACAGCAAGGAAGUAUGAACUUCAGAUUCAUCCCUGUGCUUUUUCCGAAUGCCAAAAAGGAACACGUGCCUACCUGGCUGCAGAACACUCACAUUUACAACUGGCCAAAGAAUAAGAAGAACAUCCUUUUGCGGUUGCUGAGAGAGGAGGAAUACGUCGCUCCUCCAAUCGGGCCUUUACCGACGCUCCAGGUUGUGCCGUUAUGAACAUUAUCACUUAAAGUGCACAAGGAGCUUUGUUGUUAAAGAGUUGCUUUUGGCAGGGAGCCAGCCUUCUUCCAGAUGGCUCUUUUUGAUGGCAGAAGACACUCUUUCUGCUAAAGGAAUUAGCUGUCUCGGGUAACUCAGGCUCAGCUUGUUCCCCACCAUGUUAAACAUCUAUUUCUGAAGCUGAUGGGGCAGAACUCUUUUCUCCUAGAUUUUUUUUAAUAAGCUGCAAAUGGAAAGAAUGUCCGGCUUUAUUUUAACAUCUGUUUUGAACAUAUUCCUUUAUUAGUCAAUAUAGCAAACAAAUACCAGAAAUAAUGUCGCAAUAAGUGUAAAAUGAAAAUUACAUCCUCCUUUGUGCUCAGGGUUUCUUGACAGACAUUCCUGCCGUGUACAGCAUUAACAUACAGUCACUUUGUACAUGCACUAUUAAAUAUAUUUGCCUUUUGUAAGGCUACCUUA